AAAGACGAGAGGCUCCAGCUACAUGACUUAAAUUUCUGUUUUGAGUUUGUUUAUUAGAACUUGUUUAUUAGAACUAAAAUGAGCGGCAGAGGUAAAACCGGCGGUAAGGCGAGAGCGAAGGCCAAGACUCGUUCAUCCAGAGCUGGACUGCAGUUCCCCGUCGGUCGUGUUCACAGACUUCUCCGUAAAGGCAACUAUGCUGAGCGUGUCGGUGCCGGUGCUCCCGUCUAUCUGGCCGCAGUGCUCGAGUAUCUGACCGCUGAGAUUCUGGAGUUGGCCGGAAACGCCGCUCGUGACAACAAGAAGACUCGCAUCAUUCCCCGUCAUCUGCAGCUGGCGGUGCGCAAUGACGAGGAGCUGAACAAACUUCUGGGCGGUGUGACCAUCGCUCAGGGCGGCGUGCUGCCCAACAUCCAGGCUGUGUUGUUGCCCAAGAAGACCGAGAAGCCCGCCAAGACCAAAUAAGCGAACACAAGUGCUGCUGGUUUAUGUUGAAGAGUUUAUUUUAGUGCAAUUGUACACAACAAUAUAUAUUAUGUCCAAAUACAUUUCUGCAUUUGUUUACAUAUAAUAUUAAAGUGCAAAUUAGAAAA